GACCCUCCAGCAAAGCUAGCUUACCAAAGCAGGCCCAUUUGGGUCCUCCUCCAUUCCAGGCUUAAAACAAUACAAUUGGAAAGGUGUACAAGAAAGAAAUGUACAUGGAAUUACUGAUAACUUACUUCUAUGCUAAAAUAUGAAUACAAAAAUUGUACUGAUGUUAAAGUGGGUGUUAAAGUAAAGAUUGGAAAGAGCAUUUGAUUUAAGUCUUUGUUUAAGAAAGGUGAAAAUCCUCUCUAACAUCAUGAUUACAAAUUAUUUGUUUCGUGUUAAAGGAAGCUGGUUGGUUUCAUAGCUUUAAAGCCGGCCAGCCUUGCAUAUAACCACCUAUAGCAGAGGAAAGAGAGCCAUCAUUCUUAAGAAAAAGAGCAAAAGAAAAGAGAGGGGGUAAAAGAGAAUUGUAUGAAGAAAAGAAGGUGGGUGAAAGAUGGCAUCAAUGGCAACACCAAAGCAGAUAUGGGAGCAACAACAAUCACAGAUGCAGCGAGUAAAGAAUUCGGGGAUUAUCAGUUGCAAUGGGAGUCCAAUAAAAGAUGACAAGGAAGAGGAAAUGGCGAAAUCUGCAUUGGCAUUGUUUCGAGCUAAAGAAGAAGAGAUUGAGAGAAAGAAGAUGGAGGUGAGGGACAAGGUUCAGGCUUAUAUGGGACGCGUCGAACAAGCAACUAGGCGCUUGGCUGACAUUCGAGAAGAGCUUGAUGCCCUCAUAGAUCCAAUGAAGAAGGAAGUUGCAAUUCUGCGCAAGAAGAUAGACACCGUUAACCGAGAGCUGAAACCACUGGGACAGAGCUGCCAGAAGAAGGAAAGAGAAUACAAAGAAGCCCUUGACGCCUUCAAUGGCAAGAAUAAGGAGAAAGCACAACUAGUUAGCAAAUUAAUGGAGCUGGUGAGUGAAAGUGAGAUAUUAAGGAUGAAGAAGCUGGAUGAGCUGAGCAAAAACAUUGAAAACCUUGGCUAAAUUGUGCUGACUACAACAACAUAAUGCGCUUUGUGUGCUGUAAUGACACCCAGUUUUCUGAUGUUUGGAACAUUUAUUGUUUCUGUUCAUGUUAUUCACUGGUUCUUCAAUGGGGAGUGCUCUGAUUUAGGAAUGUAGUCACUGAGAAGGCUUGUCACCAAACAGGUCAACUUUCUUCCACUACUGCUACAAGUGUAGAUGUGCUUGCUUAGCCAUCAUUGCCUAGUGAAUUAUUCCUUAUGUUUGUCAGCAAGCCACCUAUCUAACUUAAAAUGAAAAAAGGUGAUCUGCCACUAUAAAAACUUGGUCAAUAAUUUGAAAAAAAUUCAGUUCCAAUUUUAUCCCAUUUACAACUUGCAACUGAAUCCAUAUUUUGAUUCUUCCAGUUCCUAAUCUAUGUCUGGCUUGUUUUGCUGUUCAAUUCCUUUAUGACCGGUAAAUAUUAGUUUGUCUGUGUAAAGUUAGUAUAAAAUUGAAUACGAAACUUAAUUUAAGUUUAUUCAUACAGUUGAUAGAUGGUAUUAUGUAGGUCUACAAUUAAAAUGGAAGUAACCCUCCUCAUCAUUUUACCUAUCUCGAAUGCGUAGACUUGAAUCAAAGACCGGCCAUGAGGUGGCAGGGUCAUUAACCGGGCAAGCCAAGAGAAUGAAAAUUUGGCUAUUUUGCUUAAAAAAGGCACAUUAAAAGUGCUUGUUUUCCCAAUUCUGAAAAUAUUUUUCAUGGCAGGGACAACAAAGCUAGUUUAAUGGCAUUAAACUAAAAUAGCUGAUAUAUUACAACUUGUAA